UGAGCCUGCGCAGACCGCGAAAAACAGAUGUUUACAUGCCACAGUAUCCCAUCUAAAAUCAACAUAUCCCAGGCAUCUUGUCCUGGUUUCACAUAACCGGGAUACAAGUUUUUUCGGGUUAUUGUAAACGGGAUAUUUUUUCGGGUUAUUGUAAACUCAAAAACAGAAUACUUAAGUAUCCCGAAUAAUAACGGGAUAUUGGUGUGCAUGUAAACGUGGUCACUGACGGGUCAAGGGAGUAGUCCUGGUUUAAUCGGACUAUAAGACUUUAAACCUCGUAAGAUACUUAGACCUAUUCAUAGCUACUCGAUCUGUAUCACUGCUUGUGCUAUAACAACAUUUAAAGCAACCCAGUUCAAGAAGACGAGACAGACUCGAUAAACUCAUGAUUUACCAGGCUAAAAUGUAAUUGUCUUGUCUGGGGUGGUCAAAUUAUUUUGGCAACAGCUGAUAAGAUGUGGAAAGAAUUGAAGAAAAACCAUCUCGUCAAGUACGGCGCUGUGACCACAGUGUCAACCAUCAGCUAUGUUUUACUGAGAAAGUGGAUCGCCGGUGGGAUAUGCCACAGCCGUGCCAAACUGCAUGGAAGGACUGUGGUGAUCACUGGUGCCAACACUGGUAUCGGCAAGGAGACGGCCUGGGAUAUGGCCAUGAGAGGAGCCCGGGUGAUUAUGGCUUGCCGAGACCUCACCAGGGGAGAGGCCGCUGCAACAGAGAUCCGCAGUUCUACUGGAAAUACUAACGUGGUGGUGCAACAACUAAACCUGGCCUCCCUCGGGUCAGUACGACAGUUUGCCAGGGAAUUCAUUGCCACGGAGACCCGUCUGGACAUACUUAUCAACAACGCAGGUAUAAUGCUAUGUCCCAAAAGCUUCACAGUGGACGGGUUUGAGAGUCAAUUUGCUGUCAAUCACCUAGGUCACUUCCUAUUGACCAAUCUUCUCCUGGACAUGCUGAAAGCCUCCACCCCCAGCCGCGUCGUCACUGUGUCUAGCAUCGCUCAUCAAGGCGGGAAAAUCCACUAUGAUGACCUUAACUUUGAUAAGAAGGGGUACAACUCAGUAAUUGCCUACAAGCAGAGUAAACUGGCCAACCUCCUCUUCUCUAGGGAGCUGGCACGAAGGACCAAAGGUACUGGAGUGACGUCGUAUUCCCUGCACCCCGGGGUUAUCCGGACAGAGCUGUGGCGCCACUCGCAGUCAAAGUACCCCAUGCUGAGUUCCAUGCUGUCAGCCCCCGCCUGGCUCCUGAUGAAGACCCCCAGGGAGGGGGCCCAGACCACCAUCUACUGCGCCGUCACUGAGGGGCUGGAGGAGAAGAGCGGCUACUACUUCAGUGACUGUCAGGUAAAGGAGCCAGCUCUCGAGGGGACAGAUGAUCUUGCAGCACUGAGACUAUGGGGCGUUAGCGCCGGGCUAGUGGGACUCAAUUAAAACAACUGAACAACUCGCCUUGCAACACGGUGCCACUCCCAACCCCACCUGCCAGAACCCUCACGGAUACUGGCAUUUUUUUAAAUGUCGGCUCUUAACUUUCAUAUCAGAAGAUAUCCUGUAUUCUAUAUAUAUCCUGUAUUCUACACAUUUUCUAUAUUCUAUAUUUUUUGAUGUUGUCUUAUAAUACAGUAUAUUUUGAUAAAACAUUUUUUUCUGUAUUUUAUUGUAUUGAAGCUUAUUCUCGUUACAAUGGUCUUCAUGCUGAAAUUCUGUAUUUUUCAUGUUUUCAUUAAAAAAAAAUAUAUUUUGUUUCAGAAGUCUUUGCAUGAGUAAGAGUGUCGUUUUAUUAAUUGUAAUUUUACACCCCAGUUAUUUUAUCAGUUUAGCUAAACUACCUUUAAAAGGUGUUACUUAUUUUAAAGACUUAAUAAAAUGAUAUGCUAUCUGUA